UACACCUGCCGCCCAGCUCCGCUAGGCCGCAGGCUCGGGCUGGCGGCGUCGUGCUGCGCCGAGCGGCGGGCUAUUGCAGACAUGAAUGAGGAGAAUUCAGCUGCAACAAGUGAAUCUGGCAAAAUGAGAGGUGGUAAUCAGGCUGCUGCUUUACUGGCCCUACUAGACAAGACUGGGUACACCAUGAUUCAAGAAAAUGGGCAAAGAAAAUUUGGUGGGCCUCCACCAGGUUGGAAAGGUCCUCCACCACCUCGUGGAUGUGAAGUUUUUGUGGGUAAGAUCCCUCGUAACAUUUAUGAAGAUGAAUUGGUCCCUCUUUUUGAGAGAGCUGGAAAGAUCUAUGAGCUCAGGCUGAUGAUGGAAUUCAGUGGUGAGAAUCGAGGCUUUGCUUUUGUGAUGUACACUACUAAAGAGGAUGCCCAGCUAGCCAUCAAGAUUCUUAAUAAUUAUGAAAUUCGUCCAGGGAGAUUUAUUGGUGUCUGCAUAAGCUUGGACAACUGCAGACUAUUUAUCGGAGCAAUUCCAAGAGAAAAGAAGAAAGAAGAAAUACUAAAAGAAAUGAAAAGAAUUACAGAAGGAGUGGUGGAUGUCAUUGUUUGUCCAGAUGCCACAGACAGAACUAAAAAUCGUGGAUUUGCUUUUGUAGAAUACGAGUCCCACAGAGCAGCUGCAAUGGCUAGAAGGAGGCUACUCCCAGGAACGUUCCAGCUCUGGGGUCGUGCAGUUCAAGUCGAUUGGGCAUGCCCAGAGAAAGAAGUUGAUGCAGAAACAAUGCGGAGAGUUAAAGUAUUGUAUGUAAGAAACUUAAUGAUUUCUACUACGGAGGACACAAUUAAAGCUGAAUUCAACAAGUUCAAGCCACGAGUAGUUGAACGUGUAAAGAAGUUGAGAGACUAUGCUUUUGUGCAUUUCUACAACCGAGAGGAUGCAGUUGCUGCCAUGUCUGUGAUGAAUGGAAAGUGCAUUGAUGGAGCUAGCAUUGAAGUAACUCUGGCGAAGCCAGUUAACAAAGAAAGUACUUGGAAGCAACAUCUUAAUGGUCAUGUAAGCCCCUGUUCUGAGAAUCUCAUGGAAAUUCCUAGCAGAGAAGACAGUCACCAAAAAUCCGUAGAGAAACCUGCAAGUCUUUCUCUCAGCCUUAAUGGUCAGCACAGUCCGAGUUCUCCUGAACUUGAAUGGUAUCCAUACCCAUUUCUUCCAGGAGUAAAGCUUAUUCCAAUUAGCAUGUAUUCUCUAAAAUCCAGUUACUUCAGUUCUGCUGUGAUGCGUCUGGAUUACUUUUGCUACAAAAAUAACUGGUUACCACCAGAAUACUACUUGUACUCAACCACAAGUCAGGAUGGGAAAAUCCAUUUGGUGUGCAAGGUGCUCCUUCCGAGUAUUGCAGAUGGUUCGCAGAGUUGCUUCAUGUCACACAAACUCUGUACCACACUAGAAGAUGCGAGGGAAUUGGCAGCGCAGAUGGCACUUCUACAUCUAGACAGCUGUACACCUAACUCAGCUUGAAUUGCCUUGAAGUUGAGCAGUUGAAAAAUUUGGUAGUUGUUACUUUUAAUCUUGCCACGAAAGGAAGACCACACUGCUGCGUGAUUACUGGAAAUUCAGAUCUCAUGUUACCUGCUGAAGGAUUUUUCAAAAGGACGUGUUUUAAACUUUGGAAGAUGAGUGCAAUUCAAUGUUAAAAAAUUGUUUUACUUAGAUUAAAUUUGUUUUAAAGGUAAUUGCUUAAAAGAUUUCAUUACCUGUAGUAGUU